AUGCAGAGGAUUAUCUUCACUAACAAGGAGCUCAAGGAUGAGCACACGGUGGCUUGUUACGGUCUCAAGGACAAAUUCACAGUGCACCUCGUUCUGCGCCUUGGUGGUAAUGGUUUCAUGUAUCUAUACGUGAAGGUGCUCGCCGGCAACGCCAUCACCCUCGACGUGGAGCCAUCGGACAUGAUCGGCGACGUGAGGGAGAAGAUCCGAAGCCACCAGAGGCUUGUCUUUGCCGGCACCCAUCUUGAGGAUGGGCAGAGAAUCGUAGAUUACGGACUUCAGUAUGAGUCCACCCCCACCCUGCACAUGGGCUUUGGCAUGCAGAUGCAGAUUCUUGUGAAGAUCGCCACCGGUAAUUAA